UCGCAGCGGCGCCGCCACCAUCCUGCCCCCUCCCCGGCCGGCGGGGAAGGGCAAGAGCGGGCGGCGUCCCCGCCGACGGGGCUGCGAGCGGCUCCCGGAUGUGGAGGCAAGCUGGAGAGCAGGCGCGGGAGGAAGAUGGACUCGGCGGCGGCGGAGAAGGAGAAGGGGGCCGCCACCUCCGCCUCCGCCGCCCACCCGCCGCGGGGCCGGCCGGGCCGCGGGCGGCCGCCCAAGCUGCAGCGCAACGCCCGGGGCGGCGGGGGCGGCGGCGGCGGGGGCCGCGGCGGGGAGAAGCCGCCCCACCUGGCCGCGCUGGUCCUGGCCCGGGGCGGCAGCAAGGGCAUCCCGCUGAAGAACAUUAAGCACCUGGCGGGGGUCCCGCUCAUCGGCUGGGUCCUGCGAGCCGCCCUGGACUCGGGGGUCUUCCAGAGUGUGUGGGUUUCAACAGACCAUGAUGAAAUUGAAAAUGUAGCCAAACAAUUUGGGGCACAAGUUCAUCGAAGAAGUUCUGAAGUUUCCAAAGACAGCUCUACCUCACUAGAUGCCAUCGUAGAGUUUCUUAAUUACCAUAAUGAGGUGGACAUUGUAGGAAAUAUUCAAGCUACUUCUCCAUGUUUACAUCCUACUGACCUUCAGAAAGUAGCAGAAAUGAUUAGAGAAGAAGGAUAUGAUUCUGUUUUCUCUGUCGUGAGACGCCAUCAGUUUCGGUGGAGUGAAAUUCAGAAAGGAGUUCAUGAAGUGACUGAGCCGCUGAAUUUGAAUCCGGCCAAACGACCUCGCCGACAAGACUGGGAUGGAGAAUUAUAUGAAAAUGGCUCAUUUUAUUUCGCUAAAAGGCAUUUGAUCGAGAUGGGUUACUUACAGGGUGGCAAAAUGGCUUACUAUGAAAUGCGAGCUGAGCACAGUGUGGAUAUUGAUGUGGACAUUGACUGGCCGAUUGCAGAACAAAGAGUACUGAGAUAUGGCUAUUUUGGCAAAGAGAAACUCAAGGAGAUAAAACUUUUGGUUUGCAAUAUUGAUGGAUGCUUCACAAAUGGCCACAUUUAUGUAUCAGGAGACCAAAAAGAAAUAAUAUCUUAUGAUGUUAAAGAUGCUAUUGGGAUAAGUUUAUUAAAGAAAAGUGGUGUUGAGGUCAGGUUAAUCUCAGAAAGGGCAUGUUCGAAGCAGACACUCUCAUCCUUAAAACUGGAUUGCAAAAUGGAAAUCAGCGUUACAGACAAGUUAGCAGUUGUAGAUGAAUGGAGAAAAGAAAUGGGCCUGAGCUGGAAAGAAGUGGCAUAUCUUGGAAAUGAAGUGUCUGAUGAAGCCUGCUUGAAGAAAGUAGGCCUCAGUGGUGUUCCAGCCAACGCCUGCGCCACGGCUCAGAAAGCUGUUAGUUAUAUCUGCAAAUCUAAUGGUGGCCGUGGGGCCCUCCGAGAAUUUGCAGAGCACAUUUUCCUGCUAAUGGAAAAAGUCAAUAAUUCAUGCCAAAAAUAAAAAUUAGU